AUGAACUUUUUAAAAAAGAUGCUUGAUUCGUCACUGCCUAAAGAUGAGGUGGCGGUGAUUCCGUCUGGCCAAUUGUACUUGCAGCGGCCGCCCAACUCGCCCAAGGGAGAGUCGGAAUGUUUGUACAACGACGCGAUUCUCUCUAUUUGCGAGACGUCGCUCCCGUAUCACUACCAAUUAGUGGUGCAGAAGGCAUACCAGGAGGGUGAGGAGGUGGAUUUGGAUGGCGACUCGGAUGAAAGCGGUGAUGGGGACGACGAGAACAGCUUCAAAGAGCUCUCCAUUUCCAAGGACGACGAAUGGAGCUUUCUCAUUGAUGAUGGCUUGCGUUUUUCCAAAUAUACAAAGGAUUCCGACGCGCAUGUUUUGUCAUGGAAAGACCCAGAGGGUGACACGGGCGACCGCUUUGAGUUUGUCGUGGACCAUACGGUGAGGAAUUCCCAAAUUCAGCAGUUUAUGACGGCGGUGUACCGCUGUGAGUAUGAGCGAAAGUAUCGCAAAUCGUCAAUCAGUACAAACGCCGCGGAUUUGGCAGAAUUUGAGGUUGAUUACGCGCGUGAGAAGGCGAGCGUGGUGCAACUUCUAGGGUACGAGUCCGAAGACGAUUUCCAGGAUGCUGUUGAGGCCCCGGUGAAAGCUGGAACGGUGGUUUACCAGUCUGAAGCGUCUUUGCGCCGGUAUUCUCCGGAAAGCGCGAGUUUUGUGCUUGUGGACACGGUAGCUGUCUCCAUCCAGGAGUGUGGCGAGUUUGACUACGCCUUGGCCAUUGAAACACCCUCCGUCCAGUGCACCGUGUCCAGCGAGAUGAAUCCUGUGUUCAACUUUGAGCACACUGCAUUUAUUUUUAACCAACUUAGUGACAGUGUGGGCCAGACGUGGCUCUUAAAGUUCCCCGACUAUGAUGCGUUGAGCGACUUUCAGGCCGCGUUCAUGAAGAGCUUGUGGGAAUCAUUGAACCGUGUUAGGUGGGGCAAGGCCAAGGACGAUGCAGAGGAGAACUACAUCAUCAGCUCGAUGAACGAUUUGGAGUUGGAUGAUACAGAGCUCCCCGACGACGAUUUCGACGAGGAGGACGAGAUAGAGCCGUUGGAGUUUUCAAGAGGAGAUGACGAAGAUGACGAAGCUUCGAGAAAGUACCAUUCCGGUGGAGAAAAGAACGCUCACAUGGCCGUGGGGUAUUCCAGUGAUCGCACGUUUGUUUCGCGCGGGAACAGGCUCGGGGUGUUCCGGACCGACGAAGACAACACGCUCGCCUUCACCACGGCGAUCGAGAACUUGGAAUCCUUGAACGGCAAGAGGAUUACCCCCGCGAAGAUGAAGUUGCACAUGCAGGACAAGCACAUGAUCAUCCGGGCCGAGGAAGACAGCUCUACGUUGUACAAGAUGGACUUGGAGCGCGGGAAGAUCGUGGAGGAGUGGAGCGCAUACGACAUACCCAUAGUAGAGUUUGGCCCGCUGAGCAAGUUUGGCCAGACCACCAGCGAAGAGACGUUCUUGGGGAUCUCGCACUCGGCGAUCUUCCGCAUGGACCCACGGUUGAGCUCGCGCGACAAGUUGGUGGAGAGUGAGCUCAAAAACUGCGCCACCAAGAACCUGUUCAGCGCGUUGACCACAUCGGAGAAUGGCUAUAUCGCAGUGGCAUCACAGAAGGGGGAUAUCCGCUUAUACGACAGGCUCGGAAUUAACGCCAAAACUCAGUUACCCGCAUUGGGGGACCCGAUCACUGGCUUGGAUGUUUCCGCGGACGGUCGCUGGUUGCUUGCAACGUGUAAGACAUACUUGCUCUUGAUUGAUACCUCGAUCAAGGAAGGAAAGUACUCGGGCGAACUUGGAUUCAAGCGCCCGUUCGGAAAGGACUCCAAGCCACGGCCGAAGCGGCUCACGAUCUCGCCGGAAAAUUUAGCGUUUAUCCAGGCAGAAACGCGCCUGGGCUUAGCCUUCACUAAGGCGCACUUCAACACGGGCGUGGAGCAGACGAUUAUCACAUCCUCUGGGCCAUACGUGAUAGUGUGGUCGUUGAAGAAGAUUUUGCGCGGCGACAAAGACCCGUACCAUAUCAAGCGAUACGGUCAAGAGGUGAUUUCUGACAACUUCCGCUACGGUACCGACAAGGAGAUCAUCGUGGCGUUGGAGCACGAUGUGGCAAUGGUCAGCAAGAAGGCGUUGCAAAAGCCCACAGCAAAUAGCAUGAGAGGGGCCGGGAUUGUCAAGCAGUAUAAGUAG